AACUCGGGUGUAAACACGUUGACAUAAAUACAUGGAAUCAUAUUCAUAGGAAUGACAGUAUUAUUGGGACUAAAUUUUAUAGAGUUCUGAAUUAUGUCGAGGGAUAUUACGUAAUCGUUUUGACUUUGCAAACUUCCCCACGGUUUUUCGUCACCGGCAUGUUCACAAAACGAAAGAGUAUUCUUCUCAGCCGCUAGAGAGUUCGCUACCGCCGUCACCAACAGCAGCAACAGCAGAGAAACGUGGAGAAGAUAGUGUAGAAGAAGCCGGAGAGGUGGAUGGAAGAGGGACAUGGAAGCACGCGGCUUUCCAUGUCGCCACCACGAUUGCCACUCCUGCUGCUUACGCUCCCUUGCCCUUUGCUCUUGCCUCACUCGGUUGGCCCCUCGUUGCACCUCAGAGAAGACCCUUCCAGCAACACUCAAACCUUUGACAAGUAAGUGCAGAGGGGAAAUCGACCAAGGUGUGAGUAGUUUAGUGAGUGGAACAUUGGCAACUUGGUAUUCUAGUCUUCUGAUCGCAUCGUUAUGGAGAUGGAAUGGGAAGAAGCAAAUUACGUACAGAAAACUUGCAGGGAGCAUCUUUGGAUUCCGGGGUUAUUACUCUAUUGCAUUUUUUCAGCAGGUGGCGUCUUUGGGCAACAACAUUGCCAUUCAAAUUGCUGCUGGGAGCAGCCUUAAGGCAGUCUAUAAACACUUUAGGGAGGAUGGUGCCUUAACCUUGCAGCAUUUCAUUAUUUUCUUUGGAGCCUUUGAACUUGUUCUCUCUCAGCUUCCUGACAUCCACUCAUUGAGAUGGGUAAACUCAUUGUGCACUUUCAGCACGAUUGGGUUUGCUGCUACAACCAUUGGUGUGGCAAUUUAUAAUGGAAAAAAGAUUGACAGAAACACAGUAAGUUACAGUUUGCAAGGGAGCUCCUCUCUUAAGAUCUUUAAAGCCUUUAAUGCUCUUGGUGUAGUUGCCUUUUCCUUUGGAGAUGCAAUGCUUCCAGAAAUACAAAACACCGUAAGAGAACCUGCAAGGAAGAACAUGUAUAAAGGUGUAACGGCAGCAUACGCUAUCAUUAUCGUGUCUUACUGGAUAUUAGCCUUCUGUGGAUACUGGGCUUUUGGAUCAGAAGUCCAGGCUUACAUAGUAUCUUCUUUAAGUGUUCCUGAAUGGACAAUUGUCAUGGCCAAUCUCUUUGCCGUGAUUCAAAUAUCAGGAUGCUAUCAGAUAUAUUGCAGGCCAACAUAUGCCUACUUUGAGGAAAGAUUUCUGUCCAAUAAAGCUAAUAAUAGCAAUGUUCCUCUGAGAAAACACUUCAUCCGUCUUACAUUCACUUCCAUUUACAUGGUUCUUAUUACUCUUAUUGCCUCGGCAAUGCCCUUUUUUGGGGAUUUUGUGUCCAUCUGUGGGGCAAUUGGGUUCACUCCACUGGACUUUGUCUUCCCUGCAAUAGCAUAUCUGAAAGCGGGAAGAAUGCCCAAGAACACCAAACUUCGCCAUUCAGUGCAGCUCCUUAAUAUUGCAAUAGCUACCUGGUUCUCAGCUGUUGCAGUGUUGGGUUGCAUUGGUGCUGUUAAGUUCAUCAUAGAAGACAUCAAGACAUACAAAUUCUUUCAUGAUAUAAGAGAUGAAGGUCACAUGUCCACGAGUGACCCCCUCCCAAUUUUAUUAAUAACCCUCACUUGUGGCGGAGGAAAACCGUGGUUACAACCUGAUGCUUGGGGGUUACAGAAAGACCAAAACCCAGGCAUCAAAAACAAAGGACACCUAAACAAAAUACAAAGGAUAGAAUGAAUCCUAGACCCAGAACCAGACUUAAGAAAAAAAUACCUGCAAAAGAAAACACCAACAAAGUAAUGAUAAAGCAAUGCAAACCAGAACAAAAACAUACCUGGAAAAGCCACUACGAAGUACGAAGAUAGGGGAUGCCAAGUCUAUCCAUACGGAGAAGACCCCUAAGGUUACUUGGCAAACCUUGAUCCCCUGCCCACUCCGUGUUCAAACCUCAAUAAGUGCCCACUCCCAUAGAGAGUCUGCCACAGCGUUACCUUCACGAUAAAUAUGA